AUUCCGUUGCUGCGACUUUGUGCAUUUCAGAAAAAUAUGAAGCGAAGAUGUGCUAUUUUUGUCGGUAUGUGUCUAUCGUCUUUCUGUGUAAUCGUAUUCAUCACCGGAUUAAAUAGAGAUGACCAAAUUUUGCAAUAUUUCGAUAAAUAUAGUAUCAAUAAAUUUAAAGAAUUGAAGAAACAAGCGUGUGUUCACCCAGAUUUGUCCAUAUGGAACGAUUUUGACGUAAGAUCUGUCAGUAACAAAAACGUAACAUGUGGAAACGCAGACGACGAAUGGGUGUAUACCGGAAAUGGAAAGUUCUACAUUUCUUCAGUGGCAGUUAAACGAUAUGGAGAGAUAAACUGUACAUAUAUACCAAUUAGUAAUUUUAACGACAAUUAUAAACGGCUUAAACCUAUAUAUCCAAUGCUUAACAACAGUGAUCUUCGUACAGACGCAUUCAAAGUUUUGUGCAAAUCCGCCAACGGAAGUAAGUACGACAAUUAUCAUGCAUGUAUUUCAAUAAAUAAACAACCCACUGCAAAUCAAAGUGAAAUAUCAAAUGAAAAUAAAUUCAACGUUAUGAUCCUCGGUCUAGACUCUUUCUCUCGACAAAUGUUUCAACGACUUUUGCCGAAAACUCACGAGUAUUUUACAAAAACAUUACAUGGUUCCUUACUAGAGGGAUACAAUAUUGUUGGAGAUGGUACAACGCGAAAUCUAAUGCCAAUGUUUACUGGAAAGCGCAUGACUGAAAUACCGGAAAUUCGACGGGGUUUUCCAGGAGCAAGACACGUAGACGAGGUUCUAGAUUUCGUGUGGAAAAAAUAUGAAAACAAUUCAUAUGUUACACAAUGGGCCGAAGAUUAUCCGAUGGCUGGUGCUUUCUUCUACAGGGUACUAGGAUUUUCUAAACAACCUGUAACUCACUAUAUGAGGCCAUUCUUCCUGUCUGUUGGAAAUACGAUGAAACAUGACUACUGCAUAGGUGAAAGGCCAAGUUACAAAGUGUAUUUAGAUUGGAUUAAAGAAGGAUUAGAAACAAACAAAGGAAAACCAUUUUUUACGUUGGGUUUCAUGGCAAGAUAUAGCCACGAUGGUUACUUGCAAAUGCCAAAAAUAGAUAAUUAUAAUGUUGAAUUUUUAAAAUAUCUUUACCAUAAAAACAUUCUGAAAAAUACAUUUCUUAUAUUAAUGAGUGAUCAUGGUCGUCGUUUCGGGUAUUUUCGAAUGACAGAACAAGGCAAACUAGAAGAAAGACAGCCCUACUUCGGUGUAUUUAUUCCUCCAAAAUUCCGAAGAAAAUUCCCCAAAAGAUAUCGAACAUUUCUGGAAAAUACAAAGCGACUUACUGUUCCCUCAGAUAUUCAUGAAACCCUUCUUGAGAUCAUAGGGGAAACAGGUAACCAUACAAAUAUAAAUAGAACAAUUUACUCGCUGUUUUCUCAAAUUCCACGAGAGCGGACAUGCGCAGACGCUGGUAUUGAACCGCACUGGUGCGCAUGUCUGAAGUCAGAGACUGUUUCCGUUUCCGACCCAAGAGCAAUACGAUGCGUUCAGCAUGCGUUACAUUACAUAAAUGGCCAGCUGAGAAACUUUUUCCUUCUCUGUCACAAACUAUCACUGAAAAACAUUUUAAAUUCAAUUUCAUUCAAAAUAGACUCAAACGUUUUAAAGUUUAAGAAUAGUUUAGAUGGCAAUGCUGAUUUUAGUGACAUGUUAAACGCUGAGUUAGAGCACUACCAGAUUACAUUCGAAACUGAGCCAAGUUCAGCGAUAUUUGAAGCCUCUUUUAUUAUGGACAUGAAGACUUGGGAUAUUAAAUUGCACGGAGAGUCGAUUAGCAGAAUAAAUAAAUACAAUGAUGCACCAAAAUGUAUCGAAAAGUUUAGGCCAGAUCUGAGGCCAUAUUGUUAUUGCCGAAUUUGAUACAUGUAUUAACAAAUGAAAUGGUUUCCUGCGGUGAACAUUUUA